AUGAAAAUUAACAUCCGUCUUACGUAUUGUUCACAAACGAUGACCGUUGAGUUUCCGGACGAAGAGUUUGUCGGGAUGACUGUCGCGGGUUUGAAACAGAAAAUCCAACAGCAGCAACAAGACCUUACCGACUUCAAGUUGAUUGUGACAGGUAAAGUGUUAAAAGACGAGAACAUUGUUUCGGAGGCUGGGGUGACGAACAACUCGACAAUUCACUUAGUUAGAUCAAAAGUCCCAAUGGCCGCGCCACCAGUAGCCGCUCAACAAGUGCCUUCUCAGCCUCAACAGACUCAACCGCAGCAACAACAACAACAAACUUUCCCACAACAACCAACACAACCACAAUUUCCAGGAAUGGGUGGGAUGGGAGCUAUGCCAGGCAUGGGAAUGGGUGGGAUGCCAAAUAUGGCUGGAAUGGAUCCACAACAAGCCCUUCAAAUGAUGGAAGAGAACCCACAAAUGAUGGAUCAAGCCUUAGACUUUAUGUGUCAAAACCCCGCUUUGACUCGUUCUAUGUUAGCCAUGAAUCCACAAACUGCCGCUUUAAUGAACAAUCCUCAACUCGCUCCUUUCAUCGACCAAAUGUUGUCUAACCCACAACUCUUACGUUCUAUGAUGAACCCGCAAAACUUACAACGCGCAAUGCAAGGGGGUAUGCCACAAAUGGGCGGUUUCCCUCCUCCACCUAUGACUUCACAACCUCAACAACAAUUCCAACAACCACAACCAACUCAACCAAACCCUUUCGGCGCUUUAUUUGGUACUCAACCUAUGAAUACUCAACCAAUGCAGCCACAAGCCCCUCAACAAGUCCCACAACAGAUGGUCCCUCAACAACCCGUUCAACAAAGAACGCCACAAGAGAUUUAUGCAAAUCAAAUUAACCAACUCAAGGAGAUGGGAUUUUACGAUGAGACAGAAAACAUUCAGGUGUUACAGCGAACGGGUGGAAACGUGAAUGCAGCUGUGGAAAUAUUGUUGUCAAAUUACCACUAA